AUGCCCUCUGGGGCACAGCCCCCCUCUUUGUCCAUGGCAGUGCUAGGGAAGGAGGAGGAGCAGAGAACCCACACCGGGGAGAGACCUUUUGAAUGCUCAGAGUGUGGAAAGAGGUUCCGUCAGAGUGGCCAUCUUCAAAUGCAUCAGAGAACCCACACAGGGGAGAAACCUUUUGAAUGCUCAGAGUGUGGAAAGAGAUUCGCUGACAGUGGCAGUCUUCAAAGGCAUCAGAGAACCCACACCGGGGAGAAACCUUUUGAAUGCUCAGAGUGUGGAAAGAGAUUCAGUCGGAGUGGCCAUCUUCAAAGUCAUCAGAGAACCCACACAAGGGAGAAGCCUUUUGAAUGCUCAGAGUGUGGAAAGACGUUCAGUCAGAGUGGCAAUCUUCACAGUCAUCAGAGAACCCACACAGGGGAGAGACCUUUUGAAUGCUCAGAGUGUGGAAAGAGAUUCAGUCAGAGUUGCCAUCUUCAAAGUCAUCAGAGAACCCACACAGGGGAGAGACCUUUUGAAUGCUCAGAGUGUGGAAAGAGAUUCACUGACAGUGGCAGUCUUCAAAGUCAUCAGAGAACCCACACAGGGGAGAAACCUUUUGAAUGCUCAGAGUGUGGAAAGAGAUUCACUGUCAGUAGCCAACUUCAAAGUCAUCAGAGAACCCACACAGGGGAGAAACCUUUUGAAUGCUUAGAGUGUGGAAAGAGAUUCAGUGAGAGUGGUAGUCUUCAAAGUCAUCAGAGAACCCACACAGGGGAGAAACCUUUUGAAUGCUCAGAGUGUGGAAAGAGAUUCAGUGAGAGUGGUAGUCUUCAAAGUCAUCAGAGAACCCACACAGGGGAGAGACCUUUUGAAUGUUCAGAGUGUGGAAAGAGAUUCAGUCAGAGUUGCCAUCUUCAAAGUCAUCAGAGAACCCACACAGGGGAGAGACCUUUUGAAUGCUCAGAGUGUGAAAAGAAAUUCAUUGACAGUGGCAGUCUUCAAAAGCAUCAGAGAACCCACACCGGGGAGAAACCUUUUGAAUGCUCCAAGUGUGGAAAGAGAUUCACUGUCAGUAGCCAUCUUCACAGUCAUCAGAGAACCCACACAGGGGAGAAACCUUUUGAAUGCUCACAGUGUGGAAAGAGAUUCAGUCGGAGUAACCAUCUUCAAAGUCAUCAGAGUACCCACACAUGGGAGAGACCCUUUGAAUGCUCAAAGUGUGGA